GGAAAAAAAGAUGUGGAGGGGAGAGGCUGAAGGGGAGACUACGCACGCACCCAAGUUUGAGCGUGAAUUUACCGCACAUUCUUUUUGACGCGUGGACGUUUCACGUCCUUCUGCUCCGCGCAAUUGUAGACGAUAAAACUAUCGUCUACAAUUGUCUUCGCGUUCGCAGUUUCGUGGUUUAUUUGUAUUUUUUAACUGCUGCGACGUCUUCGGUUUUUCUGCGUAAACCGUCGCUGAGCUGCGUUGUAAUGAGAGGCAGCCGUGAUGAGACUCACGCGAUCCGUUAACAUCGUGUGCUUUUCCGCCUUCUUUUUCUUGUUGGAAUCUGGUUUCACUCUCCAGUGGAAACUGCGGAUCUUUGCGACAGCGAACACUUGAAAAGGUGUAGUGGUGUUUGCGGUGCUCACUGACCAGGACCCACAGGCAUCAUGGUGAACAUCCCAGAAUACUACGCGGGGAAGAACGUGCUCAUCACUGGAGCAACAGGCUUCAUGGGCAAGGUGCUGCUGGAGAAGCUGCUGAGGUCGUGCCCGGGGGUUAAACUGGUGUACGUGAUGGUCAGGUCAAAGGCCGGCCAGUGUCCGCAGGCUCGCAUCGACGACAUGGUCAACUGCAAGCUGUUUGAAAGAUUACGAGACGAGCAGCCCGACUUUGCUGAGAAGAUCGUGGCGGUGAGCAGUGACCUCACGCUGCCAGAGCUGGACCUGAGUCAAGAGGACCAGAGCGUCCUGGCGGAAAACGUCCACAUCGUCUUCCACUGCGCCGCCACCGUCCGCUUCAACGAGCCGCUCAAAGAUGCGAUGAAGCUGAAUGUUUUGGCCACUCAGAAGAUGGUGGCCCUGGCCCACAGGAUGAAGCACCUGGAGAUCUUCAUCCACGUCUCCACAGCCUAUGCCAACUGCAACCAGGAGCUCAUCGAGGAACGCGUGUACCCUCCGCCCGUGGACUACCGCAAACUCAUCGACGCCCUGGACUGGAUGGACGAUGACCUCGUGUCUGCGUUGACGCCCAAGCUGAUCGGCGAGCGUCCGAACACCUACACUUUCACCAAGGCCUUGGCCGAGUAUCUGGUGCAGCAGGAGGCCGGAGACCUGAACAUCGCAAUCGUCAGACCCUCCAUCGUAGGCGCCAGCUGGAAAGAGCCGUUCCCUGGAUGGAUUGAUAACUUCAAUGGCCCGAGUGGAAUAUUCAUUGCAGCUGGAAAGGGCAUCCUGCGGACGAUGAGGGCGUCGAACGACGCCGUGGCAGAUCUGGUGCCCGUCGACGUGGUCAUCAACGCCACGGUGGCUGCGGCCUGGUUCUCUGGAUCGCAGACCAGCAACAGGUCCAAGAACAUCCUGGUGUACAACUGCACGACCGGUGGGAUUAACCCGUUUCACUGGGGAGAAGUCGAGUACCAUGUAAUAUCCACAUUCAAGAGGAACCCCCUCGAGCAGGCCGUCCGUCGGCCCAAUGUAAAUCUCACAUCCAAUCACCUAAUCAAUCAGUACUGGAUCGCCGUGAGCCACAAGGCUCCGGCGUUCCUCUAUGACCUGUACCUCAGGCUGAUUGGACGAGAGCCCAGGAUGAUGAAGACGAUCACACGCCUCCACAAAGCCAUGAUGGUCCUGGAGUAUUUCACCAGCCACUCGUGGGUGUGGAACAACGACAAUGUGACCAUGCUGCUCGGUCAGAUGAGCACCGAGGACAAGAAGGUGUUUAACUUCGACGUGCGUCAGCUGCACUGGGCGGAGUACAUGGAAAGUUACUGCAUGGGAACCAAAAAGUACGUCCUGAACGAGGAGCUGUCGGGGCUGCCGGCCGCACGGAAACACCUCAACAAGCUCAGGAACAUCCGCUACACCUUCAACACCGUCCUGGUGGUGCUGAUCUGGCGCGUGUUCAUCGCUCGCUCCCAGAUGGCUCGAAACAUCUGGUACUUUGUGGUGAGCCUCUGCUUCAAGUUCCUCUCCUACUUCAGAGCGUCCUCCACCAUGAGAUAGUGUGGCGUUGGAGGGCGGCGGCCAGAGGAGAGGGAACACCAGCUCUCUCUUGUGACGCCACACAGCCCCCGCGCUCUGCCGUGGCCCCAGACGGACCUACUGGACGAGCAUAUCUCAGAUUAUCUAACGUCAUCGCUAUCAUUUCACGCAACGGGUGUGGCUUUAUCUCCACGGCGCUCACACUCGACAGCACUCCGGGCUAUUUUAAGAGGCGGGACCCAUGCGCGUCCCGAUCACCGUUCGUUCCCUUGUCGCUGUUCUGCAGCUUUCCUCCGACCCUGUCUCUAGAUCGCGUCUCGACGUGGACGCAGCACAACUCACAUCCUGCCAAUGGAUUUUGCUCUGCUGGCUGUUUAAUCUUAAUCUUAAUCUUGUUUCUUUCAUGGCUUCAGCUGCUGCGUGACUUCGGAAACUACUACUACUUUGUUUUUGUUUGUGUUGUUAUUCACAGAGUUUAGAUGUUUUAUUUUAAACACAUAAUCAUGGCUGCCGACAGAGAAACUUAACAACAGCCUCACCUCAGAAAAAGUCUAUAAUAUUAUAAAAAUAUCACUUUUUCUUGUUGGACACUCCCACACCAAAGACCAUUGAAAAAAAUCAGUGUUUUUAAAAUGGUAGUUACACAGGAGCUGCUGGUGCACUGCUGCCUCGUGUGGUCAGUUUGUGUCAUUGAAGCAAAUCUGUCUGAGAAGCAUUUCACAAAAUAACACUUUUGAACUGCUGUCGAGGCAGCAAUGGAUCAACAACUCCUGUGUGAUGGGAUGUAAAAAUGCAGAUUUUAUGUACAGGCUUUGGUGCGGGAUUUAUAUCGGAAAACUAAUGUCAGUGUCCAGUCAUACGUGGCUGUCAAAUGACAAAAAUAACAGUCAUAUUCAUUAUAGACUUGAGUAGGUGUAGAGUUUAUUCAAUGAGACUUUUGGUAAGAGGCUAAAGUCGGCGUCUGUCAGUGCCUCAUUCAGCCCUUUAAAGUCAUCGCAGU